AUCUGCCAAAAUUCAAAAUUGUGUCAAAAUUAUUAAGUGUUUCAUUCCCUUUUCGUAAAAAAAAUGACCCCCAUUCCAAAAAACGACGCCAAAAAACCACCACAGGGGGUUAGUAAAAUAGUAAGAUUUACAAAACGCGAUAGAAAACCAGAUUCCCCCAUUCCUGGAAAGAGCAACGAAAGUUUGAUUUUGUACUACUUAACGAAGUUAAAAAAACUCUUUAAAUCGCAGGAAAAUAAAGCAGGAAGAGGAAGAAGUAGCGUAAGAAUUGGAAAACCUCAAGAUGGGCUAACUACAGGCAUAGCUGGUGGUUUAGAUAAAUCUGGAGACAUCGAUAAUAGACAGAUUCAAGACGUGAUGUACAAUGUGGUCAACGAGGCUUUAGAAUAUGGAUUUAGAAACAAAAUACUCGAGAAAAGAGGUAACUGCUUCAUGCUAACAGGAACUCGAUCAGUUUCUCGAAGAGAUCCAACUCCAGGACCACAAGGUUUUAGAACUUGUAAUUGUAGACGAUGUUCUUAUUACGCUUCUUGCAGCAAUCGACCAGGAGGCUGUCAAGAAUGCGCAAGGAUUCAGAGAGAAAAACAAGCUCGUCUAGGAAGACAUCCACCGAAUAAUUUUAUGGGCAAAAGUUCGUCUUUCACGAAUGCAAGACUUCGAAGCCGAAGUCGGUUAGGGUUUAGGUGUAAUUGUUCUAAAUGUAGGAUUAGACAAGGAAAAAUUAUUUAAAAGCAUGUCUUCAAAUGUUUGUGGGUCGAUGUGAG